UUGUCCCGUGCGCCACGCCGUCGUCUCCAGGGCAACCCGGCACCUCCUAGUAACCGCGCGGCCCGGCUAUGGCGGCCGCGGGCCCCAGCGUGUUCCUGCUCAUGGUCAACGGGCAGGUGGAGAGCGCCCAGUUUCCUGAGUACGACGACCUCUACUGCAAGUACUGUUUCGUGUAUGGCCAGGACUGGGCCCCCACAGCGGGGCUGGAGGAGGGCAUCUCACAGAUCACCUCCAAGAGCCAAGAUGCGAGGCGGGCGCUGGUGUGGAACUUCCCCAUCGAUGUCACCUUUAAGAGCACCAACCCUUACGGCUGGCCACAGAUUGUGCUCAGCGUGUACGGGCCAGACGUGUUUGGAAACGACGUGGUCCGAGGAUACGGGGCGGUGCACGUGCCCCUCUCACCUGGCCGGCACAAAAAGACCAUCCCUAUGUUUGUCCCAGAAUCUACAUCUAAACUGCAAAAGUUUACCAGCUGGUUCAUGGGACGGCGGCCUGAGUACACAGACCCCAAAGUGGUGGCUCAGGGAGAAGGCCGGGAAGUGACCCGUGUCCGCUCCCAGGGCUUCGUCACUCUCCUCUUCAACGUGGUCACCAAGGACAUGAGGAAGCUGGGCUAUGACACCGGGCCUCCGGACACGCAGGGCGUCUCGGGGCCCAGCCCACCCCAGGGCCUCCCCCGGUGAAGCCAACAGCCCUCUCUCUGCCCAGCAAUCGUAUAAUAAAGUGUAACCUUUUCACAGA